ACAAUUAUUAGCUGUCGUUCAAAUAUACACAAGUCAUUUUUUAGGAACCAGAGUGAUGUUAGUGGUAAAACGCGAUACAGCGAUAAACUAGCACACCACUACGACUCCAGCGACAUAUCACUGAUGUGACAGGUUGGGUGAUAUCGCGGGGGGAACUUUUAAAAAGACCAAAUUACUCUGUAACCACUUAAGGAGGCGGAUAUUUGUGGGUGUUUUUGGAGCAGGGGUGCUAGUGACAGUAACCUCGAACGACAGAGUGAAGGGUUAGCUUGAACAGUAAAGCUAGCCUCUCACCUGAAACAACUCUGCUGUCAUUUGAGAGAGGACACCAGGAGAAAAACAAGCGCUUGCCUUUGGCACAUUUUAACUUGCACAUUAUCCGUUCGACAGAUCGUCGGCAAUAAAAUCAUUUGCCUUUAAAAGCAAAAACAAAAUCAAAGAAGCCUGCACCAGAGUUUAAGAACGUUUCUGUAUUGGGACGAGAAGCAGGUUGUGUACAACAAACCCUCAUCGGAUUGUGUUGAAAAUAUCAGUGGUAUUACUAAACAUGACGGCUAUCGGAAUGGUGCAGAUGCUGAUCGAAGCAGCCGAGUAUCUUGACCGGAGGGAACGAGAAGCUGAACAUGGCUAUGCCUCCAUGCCUCCCUUCAUUAGCAGUCGAGAGAGAGAGAGCUUGAAAAGGAAGAACAAAAGCAAGAAAAACACAAGUAGCAGAACCCAAGGUUGUUUCAGAUUAAGGUCACAAACAGAUGGCCUUGAUAUUCUCCUUCAGGAUUUUUUGUUAGACAGCAGACUUCCUGGUUCCAUUUAUCUCAGCAAGUCUUCCAAAAACAAGUCUACACACAAUGAAAUGGAAAAGAACAGACGGGCACAUCUACGACUGUGUUUAGAGCGACUUAAAUCCCUGGUUCCUUUGGGUCCGGAUGCCAACAGACACACCACCCUGAGCCUGCUGAUGAAGGCCAAAGAUCACAUCAAGAGGUUGGAGGAGAGUGACAGAAGAGCUCAACACACCUUGGAGCAGCUUCAGAGGGAGCAGAGACAUCUGAGGAGGCGUCUGGAGCAGCUUGGGGUGGAGAGAAACCGCAUGGACAGCACCGGCUCCACCAUGUCCUCUGACAAAUCCGACUCUGAUCAAGAGGACCUGGAUGUGGACGUGGAGGGAACAGACUACCUGCUGGGUGAUCUGGAGUGGAGCACCAGCAGUGUGAGUGACUCAGGGGACGAGCGGGGCAGCCUGCGCAGCAGCUGCAGUGACGAGGGCUACGCCAGCGCCAGCCUGCAGCGUCUGCAGGACACUCAGGAGAGAGCCAAGCAGCUGGGCUGCGGCCUAUAAACGUCACGUGAACACCGUCCUAUCAGAAUGUGUCGCCACGUCCUGGUCAUGUACCCACCUCACCCUACCAGGACUAACCAAAUCCGAGGGUUCUCAUCCAGCAAAGCAUUUUGACUGUCAUCUAGACCCGAGCAUCUUUGCCCACAGUCGGUACGUCAUCAGCUAACGGUCUUUAGGGGUUAGCUUCUCUGCACCAAUCAAACAUGUCAGGUCCCUCUAUCUUUCAGCCAGAGAAUGUCACCACACAAUAUCCCACUGCCUCUUCUCUAUGUCUCAAGAGCCAUGGGAAGCACUUAUGAGAUUUUACACACACAUACACACACACGCACACACUCCACUAUCCAUCCUCGCUGUCCAGUAAGACCAUGCUCCAAAAAGGUGUGACACAAGUCUGGCUUUUUGGUCUGGUCAGUCAUUUGUGCGUCACAUUUUUUUGCUUGAAAAUAUAAAGGCCCUCUUUAUACUACAGCAGAAAUGUCAGCAGUCCUAUAGAGAGGGUGUUGAAAGACAUUUUGAGUGGCCUGUCUGGGCUGCACAGCGUGGAAGAGUUUUUGGAAACUUUAAAAACAAAGAGAAAAGAAAAACUUAAAAAAAAAAAAUGUGUCAGGGAACUGCAAUAUGAGCCUCACUACCAAGGCAUCUUUACCCUGGCAUUUUUGGUCCACACUUGGACACUGGAGGAUUUGGAGUCGGGGUGAAGGGUUGACACUUUUUGACACUCUCUGAUGACUGUGUUUUUAAUUUAUGUGUAUGUGUGUGUGUGUGGGUCUGUAUCUGUAUGUCUGAGCGUUUGAAUGAUAGAGGUCACCAAUCAGUUUCUGAGACCAGCCACUAGGCCGACUAGGUGCUGGUGCAUUUUUGUCCACUACUUCUCGACCGGGUGUCACCUGGGAGGGAAAAGUUUACCUGUUGAGAGCAGUCGAGAGGCUGGAGCACAUUCCACUGUGUAGGGCAGAUAGGCAAGUGAGGUUGAGAGCAUUCUUUUCUUUUGGUAGCAUGUAGAUGUUCCUACUACCAUCAAUUUACGAAAAGGAGAGUCACGCAAAAAAAAAGAGAAAAAGAAUGACUGGAAGGGAUGGGCAUUCGACUAAAUGUCCUUGUUUGAUUCAUUGAGAAAGUUAAGUCCAUUGGUCAAGCAUGAUUUUUCAUAUUACUUUUCUUCAUACUACAGUGGAUAAGUUGAUGCUGUUUAUGUCGACUGACUCAAGUCCCAGUUCACCAUGUACAGUGGAACCUCAGAUAGCGUCAUUAAUCCAGUUCCAGAAGGUCUGACUCUAACCGAAACGCACUCUUUUAAGUUUUCCCAUUAGAAAUAAUGCAAAUCCAAUUAAUGUCUUCCAGACACCCAAAAAUAUUAACACAAAACACUUGCAACUUUCUUUGGCUCCAGUGUGGGUUAUUUUGCAUCAAAAAAAGCAGAGACUUGUGGUGUAACUGUGUUAGUUAGCAAAGAACUGCUGAUGAUGUCAUAGACGGGUGACACAGCUGGGGGACAAUGACUUCCUCUUCCAGUUUCCAUGCAAACACAGGGAUGUUUUGUGAUAAAAUACGUUACAAACACAGCUGAACUCACCCAUAAUAUUAAUAACACGACGAGACACGUGGUGUAUUCUAUGCUAUGUUUAACAUAUGCGAACUGAGGCAAACAUUUUUGGAAAUGGAAAAAUACAUUAACUGUGGUGUACCUUAACCGAGGAUCCACUGUAGUCUUAUUACUAAAAAUUUAUGAAAUUUAUCACCGUUGUAAGUACUUUCCCCACGUUCCAAUCGUCUUAUUUUUUUUAUGGGGGCUGGGGCAUAGGACAGGACAGGACAGGACAGGACAUGACUGCGUGGCUACCCUGACACCAGUUUCGCCCCCUCUUUGUGGAAAAUGAUAAUGGUAUAACUACGCUCAAGAUGCUCCGAUCCUCUCCGUAUUUUAUAUGGUGUCUGGAAGAAAGACUUUGCGCAUGUAAAAAAUCAUGGUCAAAGCUAUUUUCGAUUGUGUCUACAACCACUUAUGUUGACAUUAUGUUGACCGGUCUGAGGACUGUCGACUUAAACAGGUUCCACUGUGUAGAUACACUCUGAGCAAAAUUUCAAGACCAGUUGAUUAAUUAUAUUUUGCACUGUUGGCUCUUAAGAAGGUUCUAAGUAAAGCUUCAAAAUGCAAAAAGAUGAAGUGGGAGUGAGUGAGUGCUUUUGAGUAAGCAAUCUAUUGCAAACAGCCAUUAGAGUGAAAUAGGCUGUUCAUCGACUGAUCAAAAGUUUAAGACCAUUGGCUUUUCCAUCCAUCCAUUUUCUAUGCCGCUUCUCCUGUUUAGGGUCGCGGGGGUAUGCUGGAGCCUAUCUCAGCUGACUUCGGGCGAGAGGCGGGGUACACCCUGGACUGGUCGCCAGCCAAUCGCAGGGCACAUAUAGACAAACAACCAUUCACACUCACAUUCAUACCUAUGGACAAUUUAGAGUCACCAAUUAACCUAACAUGCAUGUUUAAAAGCCAAAAUCUUGGCAAAAAUGUCGAUUAAAUGUAAUUUUCUGUCAGGUAUUGCCACUGUCAUGAUCUCUAAAGGGUAAAAAAACGUUCAGUCUUUGAGUGCAUUUGAAUUGGUGAGCUGCAGAAGCAGGCCUCUUGCAGCAUGCCACUGCUGCUGAGGUUGGACACAGUAAAACAGUCAUUUCAAACUUCUUUAAAGAUCCUGAAGGUGAAGGAACAACAACAGGACAACUCUGCAAUUCACAAUGCCCGCCUGAGAAAGAACUUUCAGAGGAAUAACCUCACUCUUUUGGACACCCUGCGUGUUCCCCUGAUCUAAAUUAAAUUGACAUUUGGGGAUGGAUUGCAAGGGAAGUUUACAAAAAUGGACAUAAGUUCCAGACAGUGUAUGCCCUCCAUGAAAACAUCUUCACCACAUUCCCACUAGCAUCCUGAAAACACAGGCAUCAAGCAUCCAUCCAUCUUCUACCGCUCAUCCAGGAUCGGGUCGCGGGGGCCUACGCAGGGAGGCCCAGACUUCACUAUCUCUGGCCACUUCAUCCAGCUCCUCCCGGUGAAUCCCGAGGCGUUCCCAGACCAGUUGGGAGACAUCGUCUCUCCAGCAUGUCCUGGAUCUUCCCCGAGGCCUUCUACCGGUCGGACUUGCCCUGAACACCUCUCCGAGGAGGCGUCCAGGAGGCAUUCUGACCAGAUGCCCAAGCCACCUCAUCUGGUACCUCUCAAUGCAGAGGAGUAACGGUUCUCUCUCGGAUGACAGCGCUUCUCACCUUAUCUCUAAGGGAGAGCCCAGCCACCCUACGAAGCAAACUCAUUUCGGCCGCUUGUAUCCGCGAUCUUGUCCUUUCGGUCACUACCCAAAGCUCAUGACCAUAGGUAAGGGUAGGAACAUAGAUUCGACCGGUAAAUUGAGAGCUUUGCAUUUCGGCUCAGCUCCCUCUUCACCACAACGGACUGAUGUAGAGUCCGCAACACUGCAGACGCCACACCAUUUUGCCUGUCGAUCUAGCAUUCCAUCCUUCCCUCACUCGUGAACAAGACCCCAAGGUACUUAAACUCCUCCACCUGAGGCAGCAUCGCAUCCCCGAACCGGAGAUGGCACUCCACGCUUUUCCAGACGAGAACCAUGGACUCCGACUUGGAGGUGCAGAUUCUCAUCCCAGCUGCUUCACAUUCAGCUGCGAACCGAUCCAGUGAAAGUUGAAGUUCACGACUCGAUGAAGUCAGCACGACCACAACAUCUGCAAAAAGCAGAGACCCAAUCCUGCAGCCACCAAACCGGAACCCCUCAACGCCCUGGCUGUGCCUAGAAAUUCUGUCCAUAAAACUAAUGAACAGAAUCUGUGACAAAGGGCAACCCUGGCAGAGUCCAACCCUCACUGGAAACAGGUCUGACUUAUUGCCAGCAAUGCGAACCAAACUCUGACACCGGUCAUACAGGGAACGAACAGCCUGAAUUAGCUGGUCCGAUACCCCAUACUCCCGGAGUACUCCCCACAGAAUUCCUCGAAGAACACGGUUGAAUGCCUUCUCUAUGUUCACAAAACACAUGUAGACUGGUUGGGCAAACUCCCAUGCACCCUCAAGGACCCUGCUGAGAGUGUAGUGCUGGUCCACAGUUCCAUGAGCAGGACGAAAACCACACUGUUCCUCUUGAAUCCUAUAUUCAACUAUCCGGCGGAUCCUCCUCUCCAGAACCCCUGAAUAAACCUUACCAGGGAGGCUGAGGAGUGUAAUUCCACGGUAGUUGGAACACACCCUGUGAUCCCCCUUCUUAAAAAGGGGGACCACCACACCGGUCUCCCAAUCCAGAGGUAGUGCCCCUGAUGUACACAUGAUGCUGACACAGCAUUUCAUUACUCCUUUUUUGAACAUUUAUUUCUAUUUUGGGGGGGAUUGAGCUAUGGUCUUAAACUUUUAAUCAACUGAUGAACAGCCUAUUUCAGUUUAAUGGUUGUUUACAAUAAAUUGCUUACUCAAAACAUUUUUUGUCUCACUCACAUUUCCUCUUUGUGAAUUGUGAAGCUAUACUUCGAACCUCCCAACAGUGCACAAUUUAAAUUAUUGCAAUUUUUCAAGUGAUCUUACAAUUUGGAUGAGGAGUGUAUAUAUUGAUCAGAAUAAUGUUCCCUCGUGUAGUCGUGUUGUGAUGGAGGUCUGCAGGGAUGUCGCUCAUGACAUCAAUUAUGCCCAUCCAUCAUGUCAGGUUGAGUUUUUAUCGUGAGCGCCAUCCAAUAGAGGACUCCAAUCUAUUUAUUCUGUGCUAAAACCACAAACGAUCUCUCCUUUGCCUUGCCUCGAUAGCCGUCUAUUGUUUUGGAAGAAAUGUACACCUUUUAAUGUAAAUAGUUUACAGAAAGAUAUCUAUGUCUAUCAGAAGUAUUUAUUAGAGCUGCAAAAUCUAGAGAAGGAUAUAAAUAUAUAUUUCAUUAGUUCUACCCAGCUUUUGUUCUUUUCGUGAGGUUUUGUGCCGUUUGUUUGCACAGAAUAGUCAAUCCAUAGAAUAUUUAGAAAUGUCUCUUGUGCCUCCAGUCUGUGUGUGUGUUCACAAGUUGGGCGCGGAUCUCUUAGAAGAUGAAAUGUUACUUGGUGGUUGAUGGUCCUCCUUAGCUGUUUUGCAGUGCCACCGAGCCCUAAGACAAAAAAAAUGUCAAUCAAGUAUGAAUCAAGUAUAAAACAGAGAAGGUGGUGGUUUAGUGUGUAGGAGCCUCAAAGACAUCCCGUGAGAUUUCAUCUCCUUGUUUGGUCAGGAAGCCGCAUGCGGUGUGAGGAUUGCAGUUUGUUUUGAAUGUAGAUGUCCUCCAUCCUGCAGCCGGCGCAUCCGCUUGGUGCCAAAGGAGUCCCCCCGCCCCCUCACUUGUGGCUCUCAGUUCAAGCAUGAAGAUGGUACACCAAAAUAAAUGAAAAUAAAAAGCAACAAAAUCCGAAAAAUAGUUAAUAGUCUAAGUGUGGAAUGCUGCUUUUUUUUGUAAUCCAGAAAGUAACCGUGUAGCAAUGUUUUAAAGAGGGUGUGAAGGGAAAUGGAUUGAAAAGAGGUUGUGACUGUGUGCGUGUGUGUGUGCGUGUGUGUGUGAAUGCGUGCGUGCAUCCUUGGGAAUUGAUAAGGUACAUCUCGAUAAACAUACAUACAUGGGAUCCCCGUGCAUUUGCGAUCCAGCAAGUUUGUGGAUUUUUGUUUUUAAAAAGUGAACAAUGGCAGUUGAAGAGAAAACGGGAGGAUUAUGGAGCUGAAUCUAAUAAUUACAAGUCACUUUUUUUUUUUGAUGUUAAAAUGUUGAUCCGAACUGGGACGAGAAUGUCAACAUCACGGUUUUUUGCCAUUCAGUGGUGGCCCCGGAACAUCACUUCUGCAAAAAGCAGGGAUCUACUCUAUUUGAGUUUUACAGACUUGGGCGCAGUAUUUUGUCAUCCAUAAAAUAUAUACCAUGUGUGACCUUAAACUGGAACGAGUGAAAGCCAAAAGCGGUUAUUUAUUACAGUGCUCGCAUUAACACUUUUAUCGAGAUGUAACUGCAGUGGAACCCGUAUAAGUUGACCCCGCUUAUGUCGACAACUCAUCAAGUCGACCAACUCAAGUCCUGGUCCACCGUGUCCUCAUUACGUGUUAGUCGAUGUCGACAUACAUGGUCAUUUCUCUGAUAAUGAGUCCUUUUAUGUCGACGUGUUAUAGUAUUGUUGACUUCAUCAUUAUCACUUGCGUCUUUUUGCAAAGAUUUGUCAAAACCGGGAGCGGCAAAAGGAACGGAACGGCAAAGAAAGGCAAGGUUCUUUCUUCUUUGACGGUGGACUUCUCAGCCAUUCUUUCUUAUCCCUUUCCGCACCUGAGAAAAUGCACCCAUUUCAAUUUUUCACAAAUGGAGGAAAACUGCGUUAAAAAGGUUAAAAAAUCCUUAUCCUUAUCAUCCAUUCUCAACCGCGAGGGGUCCAAUCUGAGGGGUGUCUUCUUCAACGGGUUCUACUGUAAUAGACGUUUAUUCAGUCAAUGUCCUCAGAGAGAUUUUGGGGGGGACGGGGGGAGUAAUGGUAGUUUUGAGAACAUAAAAGCACUUUUUGUUUAGCUUUUAAUUAAAUAAAAAAAAACAUCAACCUGACGGAAGAUUCAUGCGUUAGCAUUAGCAUUCGUUUUCCCAUCCAUGGCCUGCGUGUCUUCCGCCAAUCAAACACGUGCAACUCCCCUCCUCCACAUGCUGCAUUGGCAUCUGUGGUGCAGGCCAGGUGGGUAUAAUGGGAGGGGUUAGUCUUUAAGACCCUGGUGCUUUUAACACCUGUCUUAAAAGACAGGUGUUUAGUCUCAAAGAACAACCAGCUGUUUAAGCUACAGGUUCCAGCAUGGGUGGAUCUUGUUUAUGUUUGUAAGAUUUGUGCAUUGUGACUAUUAAUGUUUUGAAAAUGUAAAACCCCAACAAAAAUACACUACAUGUUUGAAUAUGAUGUAUUGAAACGUAUGGCACGCAUUCGUACAACAAGACAGACACAGCUUGGUCAUACAUCCAUGAAUGUCAUUGUCACCUGAUGCUGCCUUUCUUCUAAGAAGGCUCACGUCUGUGUUCAAAUACAACCUAAAGGUGGACAUUUUGUGCACUUCAUUUUUAAGAAUUGGAGAACUGAAAGACGCCACUUGGAAUAUGUGGCAGCAAUUUAUAUUUGCCAGAGAAAGCAAUUAAAACAAUUUGAAACCCUUGUUUAUCUACCUAGAACUUUGUCGUUGUGUUUAUUUUACAAGACACAGGAAUGUUAUUAUACUGUGCCCUUCAAAAGUAGUGAGGUCAAUUCCUUUACUAUUGCUGUAGACUGAAAACAUUUGGGUUUGACAUCCAAAAGAUGAAUAUGAGACCAGUGAGCAACAUUUCCUCCUGUGAGGAACAGAGACAAUGAAGGGCAGACUCACAUGCCUAAACACCCAAUGGUGUUUGAAUCCGGUGAUGAGCAUGUGGAUUUGUUUUGGCGAUGAGACCUCGAGCCUCUAUCACAUAAUCAUAGCAUGUCAGUGUGACAUUAAUGUGUAUUAAUUAGUAAAAUUAAAUGUAAAAAUGGACAAAAAAUGUGCAAUAACAACCCAUAUUUUCCUGACAGUGACUCAACUUGUAUGAGUGUGCUUAGACCGUGUUAUGUUUUACCGCUUGUGUGUUGAGGAUUUUGUAGCAAUGUGUGCAGAGGCUGACAUCCCAUUCGAAAAGUUAGCCAAACUACAUCCUUCCCGAAAUAUUGGUCAAAAUUGAUGUAUUGCAUCAAUUAAUGUAAGGAUUUUUGUAAGCAUUUAAUUUACAGACAUUUUAUUCACCGACACAAAAAGCACACACUAUGGUGGUAAAAUAAGCGUAAAAGGAAAAAAAUAGAAUUCCAAAAAUUUUAGUUGGGGGGAAUGAAACAAAAUUUCAGGAAAAAAACUGGUUUCAUAGGGCCUGACUCGUUUACUCAAUAAAUAGCACUCAAUGUCAACACUCAGUUUCAAUUUGGCUAGGAUAGGUUUUGCCUGUGUAGACUGCAUUUAAAGAAACAACAUAAAAACCAGAAAGUUUCCAAUGGGUGAAAAACAAGCAAUUUGAUAGAAGAUGGAAAAUCAUUCAGAACCAUUGCACAAACAUUGGACUGAGGCAGUACAGCCACCCCGUGUUUAUCGUGAUUAAGUGGUUCCAGAUCGUGAUAAGUGAAUUUCCGCAAAGUAGAAUUCCUUUUUCAUAAAUUUUCAUAAUUCAAGCAUAGAAAACCUGUUUACGACCUUCUAAAUACGAUUUUUAAGAUUAUUAGAGCCCUCUAUACAUGAAAUAACACCCUAUAGUCACCUUUACACACGUAAUACCCAAUAUUGUUGACAUAUAAGAAGAGUCCAUACGACAUAAUAUAGAUUCACACGUUAGCAUUGGAAGAGUUUCUUGUGUUUUUACUUCCGGGACUUCUUGCGGUGGCUAAUGUAACUCUACCAGCGUAGAAUACUACGUAUCAACGUAUCUUUCAAUGUGUUUUCUGAGUGCCUUAUAUUUGUAUUUUGGCUCAUUUAAUCAUUUUUAUGCAUGAAAAUGCUUAAUUUAGCCCAAACAUACAUACAAAUUGCUUAAACAUGCAUAUUUUUUUUACUAAUAAUAGGCCUUAGUCAACCAAGUAACAGUGAUGAUUCAGUAAUAUAUUUUGAAAAAAGUGUGAAGCCGCAAAAUUUAAAGCGCAAAUUAUGGAGGGAUGAUUGUACUGCAUUUAGAGGUGAAAACGACAUGUAAACCAGAGAUAACCAUUUACUGUUACUACAUUAUUUACUGGAGACUUCAUGAACAAAAGUACAAUGCAAACCUCUCAUUAGCAACAAGAAAAGGAAAAAGCCAGGCUGGAAUUUGCCAAAAACUACAGAGAUGAGCCUCAAAAAUUCAUAUUCAUAUUUUGAUGUCAAACCCAAAUCUUUUCUGUCAACAGCAAAAAUAUAGAAUUUACCUCACUGUUCCAAUACCCAUGUGUUCUUGCUAUAAUAAGAAGAGUUGGAAAGAGCAGCAAUAACAACACAUGAAAGACCCGGCAGACUGCUUCUCAGCAGUCUACGUGCCAAACCCAAGGUUUGUAUGAUCACAGCCAUCUGACAGCCGCUCAACAGCCAACACACACAAA